UAUGACAUUAUUGAUUUACAAUAUCCCUUGGAGAUUUUCAAGCAUGAUACUCGAUCUUUUCCUUAUUGAAGGCGAAGCAAUCAUACACAAAUUGAUACUAGCAAUGUUGUUGUAUCAUAAAAAUAAGUUGAUAACCAGAAACUAUAGUGAUAUUAGAAUAUUCUGUUAAGAAUCACUAAUUAAUAGUUUUUUAGAAAUAUUUGAUGCUUCUCAACCAAAUUUAAUAGCUAUUUUGUAAAAACUAAAUUUAUUAUGA